AUGGAUAAAGAGCCAGAGGCCUGGGAGGAGAGAGCAGCGAUUAAACGAGCCGUGAAUCUAGCAAAGAUCGCAGAGGAAUGGCGUCUCACUGAAGAGCAGAUCAUGGAUGCAAAGGACCAGAGGCAGCUUGCCGGUGCUUAUUUUCAGAGGUUUCUUACCGAAGAAGAGAGGAAGAUUACCAGUGAAGAGAGCACCGAGAUUGUGAGAAAAGUCAAGAGCAAGGAGUACUCGGCCCUUCAAGUCACUAAAGCGUACUGCAAAGCUGCGGCGGUUGCACACCAGAUAACCUCAUGUCUCCAUGAAUUGUUCUUUGACCAAGCACUUGAGAGAGCAAAGUACCUGGAUGAUUAUGUAGAAAAGCACGGGAAGACUAUGGGACCACUACAUGGUCUGCCCGUCAGUCUCAAGGACCAAUUCCAUGUAAAAGGAAAUGAUACCACUAUGGGUUAUGUUGGCUGGAUUGAUUCGUUCGAGGGGGACAAGCGCUCUGAUAAAGUGCAUAAUUUCGAUAGCCCCAUUGUAACCGACCUUCUCUCGCUUGGAGCUGUUCUAUAUUGCAAGACAAGUGUUCCGCAAUCGCUGCUAAUCGGAGAAACUGAGAACCAUAUCAUCGGCCGUGUUCUAAACCCAUGGAACAACAAGCUAUCAUGCGGUGGUUCAUCGGGAGGAGAGGGAGUGAUGCUUGCACUUGGAGCUAGCUCUGCUGGGCUUGGAACUGACGUUGGCGGAUCUGUUCGAGUGCCUGCUGGGUUUUGCGGUGUCUAUGGGCUGAAGCCCACUCAUGACCGUCUGCCAUACAGAGAUGUGGCUAACACUAACCCCGGGCAAACCACAUACUCCUCCUCCAUCGGGAUUCUAUCAACUUCCCCUGAUUCCAUCCAGUUGAUGAUGAAAUCCAUGCUCUCCACCCAACCCUGGCUCAGGGACCCAGCCGUUUUCAGUGUCCCUUGGAGGGACGACAUCGCAAAAGAAACUCUUGCUAGGGCUGCUCCAAAUGGUUCUGCAAAGAGUGACAAAAAAGCACUCAAGUUUGGUAUCCUCUAUACGGACGAUAUAGUAACUCCCCACCCGCCCGUCGCAAGAGGCCUUCAUGUCAUCGAAGAUGCAAUCAAAAAAGCCGGACAUAAGGUCAUCCCUUGGAAUCCACCAGCCCAUAGCACUGCAAUUAAGAUCCAUCUGGCGUUCAUGUCAGCAGAUGGCGGCAACGACGUCAAGAAGCAGCUCAGCUUGUCUGGCGAACCGCCUAUCCCACAGAUCAAACCCAUUAUCGAGGGCAAAGAGCCAUUGCCGCUUUUGGAAUACCAGGAUCUGAAUCUCCAGGGAAUUGAGUUCACUGAAGCGUACGCUGAUUAUUGGAACUCGACUGCACAGGAUGACGGGCAAGUUGUUGAUGCUAUCAUUGUUCCAUUGGCACCAUGGGCGGCCGUUAUUCCAACCAAAUAUUACCAUACAGCGUACACUGAGGUCUUCAACCUCCUGGACUACAGCGUUUCCGUAGUGCCUGUCACUAAGGCGGAUAAAAAUAUUGAUAAGGCAGACCCCAACUAUAAACCUAUUAGUGAACUCGACAAAACGAACUGGGAUCUAUAUGACCCUGAACUGUUCGAUAAGACCCCUGUCGGUAUGCAACUUAUUGGCCGAAAGCAUGAAGAAGAGAAAAUUUGGGCUAUUGCGAAGGUCGUUGAUAGCAUCUUAAAGCAAGCAAAGAGCAGUUGA